AUGGGACGCGUCCGAACCAAGACGGUGAAGAAAUCAUCUCGUCAAGUGAUCGAGAAGUACUACUCUCGCAUGACACUCGACUUCCACACGAACAAAAAGAUCCUCGAAGAAGUAGCGAUCAUCCCUUCAAAACGUCUACGCAACAAGAUUGCUGGAUUCUCCACUCAUCUCAUGAAGAGGAUACAGAAGGGACCUGUCCGUGGAAUCUCACUCAAGCUUCAGGAGGAAGAGCGUGAGCGCCGCAUGGACUUUGUCCCCGACGAAUCCGCUAUUAAAACCGAUCACAUAGAGGUUGAUAAGGAGACUCUAGACAUGCUUGCGUCUUUGGGAAUGGGGGAUUUGCCAGGUGUCGUUAAGGUGGAGCCUGUUUCUGCUGCUCCUAUUGCUGCCUUUGGACGUGGAAGGAGGUUUUAG